CUUGGCGCUUCGUGGAAGAAGUAGCAAUUGGCUUGAAGAGAUGAGUACUUGUUUGUGGGAAUCUGAAGAGGCUGAGCGGGGGGUCUCAAAGACGUCGCAGAAAAGAAAAGGUAGUGCCAUUCAAGAUACCUGCAAGUCUCCUUCUGAAACUCAUACUAGAAGAUACCAGAGUAACUACAAACUGGUGUAACGAACAAUAAAGACAAGGAACAUGUCAGCCAUCUCUGCGAAAGCACGAGACUUUGUGCCCCUUUCGGAGUUUAAGCGGAUCGUUCGGGAGAAGGGCUUCACAAAAGCGAUCCAACUUCGGGCAUGGCUACGUUCACAGCAACGACCUGUUCAUGUUCCGAAGUAUCCCGAACGCAUCUACAGAUCGCAGGGAUGGGUCACUUUUCUCGAAGCUUUGGGCCGGCCGCGUGCUGCGCACCACACACUAACUCCUGAAGAGCUCAGCGCUGCGCUUGGCAAUCACGAUCUCGGACUUUUGAGGACUAGAUUUGGUAAGAUGCAGCGCGCGGAAGCAGCAGUUGUCUGGGCAGAGGAAUUACUGUCAGCGUUCGGUUACGAGACGCGGAGACUCCCGCAACGCUUGCAGGGCAGCUUGCUCGUGAGGGAAAUGCGGUCGACCGAUAGCACGGGGCAAGCCGGUGGCGAAGAGCACGGCUGGUGGGCAGUCCAAGUCCGCUGCAGUUGCAACGCUCAUUCGAAAUCUCGGACGGUGCUGGUAUCACGGAAUCACAAGACCGCGGAUAUUGCAGUUCUAGUCGCAGAUUCCAAUGCUGAGAAAGCGAGAAUGGUGCAUCUAGAUGGCGUCGACCUGCGGGCUGCGUGGGAAGGCUUGCAAACUCGGCAGUGCUUCUCGGUUCCAACGCUGCAUUCUGUUGGAAGACACGAUGAAUCUCGUUCCACGUUUGUAUCUGAGGUGCAGGACGUUUUGGCGCGGUGCCCAUCUAGGCCGAGCAGUGAAUGGUUAACCGAGUUUUUACCGUGCAGCGAAUCAGCUCGGCGGUGGCAGCGGCUGUACACGCAACUUGCGAAUCAAGUUGUCGUGCCAUCCGGACUGGACGGAGAACGUAAUCUGCACCUUCUAGAUACGUAUGACGUCACGAUUGCAGGUCGGAAAUGCGCAAUUCACUCAUGUCCGCUAUAUCCACGUUCGGGUGAUUCUCCUCGUCUCACUUUCAUCCGCACCCGAGUGGUCAAGGGCCGACGCGUCUCGAUUCCCUUCGGUAAUCUCGAAGACGUGGACUUCUUGAUUGCUCUUUUGUAUGAUGGUGUUGACGAUGAGAACGCCCAAGGGCAGAGACUGGUAGGAUUCUUUCUGUUUCCUUAUCAGUAUCUCACUAAGUGGGGAAUUUCGGCGAAAAACUUUUCUGGUGGGCAAUCUGGCAUGACUCUGUAUCCACCAGGUCAUCCAUGUGUUGCACGUCACCGGCGAUCAAAAUAUGAGCAGGUAAAGGAACAACAUCAGUUUUACAUUGAAAUGCCACGAGAAAAUAUUACUGACGAUAAGAACAUGAGUGAGGCCCAGGAAAGGGCAACCUUGUCAGCGCUUCAAAGGUUUCGGACCAUUCUCCUGGGGAACUACGACAGCGCCCUUCAGAUGGAUGAAGCCAAUCUCAGAGAGGAAAUUAGCGAAGUGAAGAACGAGGAGCAUGAGCUAGUAAAUGUGGGUCAAGUAGCUUCGAAAUAAG